AUGUGCCCACGUCCAAUUUCGUUCGGCGUCCUUCCCCUCGGCCAUAGGAUAUCUCGGCUACUUCUAAAACCCCAAGUUGCCGACGUUUCCAACACAAUGUGGAUGACAACUCGCCAUUUCAACAAAGGAGACAAGGUCGAGGUCUCAAAAAAUGACGCCAUUAGCAACUACUUCAACUCCGUAUGGUUUCCGGCGAUCAUUCUCCGAUCAUCUUCUGCGAACCACAAGGACCAGAUUUUCGUUGAGUUUGAAACCCUUAUUUUCAAUGACAAGUCCUGGAAACCACUGAAAGAGUACGCCAAUGGUGUCAAUGAUGAAAUUGAGGUUGAACAACGGAAUUUGAGGAUUCAUCGUGACGGGGACGAUGGAGCUUGGGUUCCUCCCCUCUAUAAUCAGUCAGUAUUAGAAAACCAGAAAAAGUCACCUGAGUUGGAGGUGAAGCCCGGAUUGGUGAAAGUUAGGAUAAAGUAUAGUGGAAGAGCAUCAGAUGCAAAGUUCAGCAAGGGGACUAUGGUGGAGGUCAAUAGUGAUAAGGAAGGAUACCGGGGUUCUUGGUAUACUGCAGUCAUUGUUGGGUUAGUAGGGAAUAACAAGCUUUUGGUGGAAUAUCAGAUGCUGAAAAGAAAUGACGGAAGUGAACUCCUUACAGAGGAGGUAGAUGUUUCAUGUGUCAGGCCUUGUCCCCCUGGUAUUCAACAGUUAGAUCGUUAUGAACAGCAUGAACAAGUUGAUGCUUGGUACAACAGUGGAUGGUGGGUGGGUCAUAUUGCCAAAAUUCUUAAUGAAUUGAAGUACAGAGUCAUCUUUGGGACCCUGAAGGAGGAAAGCGUAUUUGAACAUUGUAGAUUGAGGCCUCAUCAGGAAUGGAUAGAGGGUAGAUGGGUUGCUGCCUCUAAGUCCCAAGAGUUCAAAAUCAAGAUAAAAUGCUGUGGAAGAAAGUCAGAGCCAAAUUUCAACAAGGGGAUGCCAGUUGAGGUCAAAAGUGAUGAAGAAGGAUACCAGGGGUCUUGGUAUACUGCAGUUACUAUGGGCUCAAUAGGCAUUGACAAGUUCUUGGUGGAGUACCAGACGCUGAAAACAGAUGAUGAAUCUGAACUCCUUAAAGAAAAGGCAGAUGCAUCAUAUAUGAGGCCGUGUCCCCCUGAAAUUGUACGGGUCAACCGUUUCCAAAUGCUUGAAAAUGUUGACGCAUGGUAUAAUGAUGGCUGGUGGAUGGGUCUUAUCAGUAAAGUUCUUGAUGGCUUAAAAUAUGCAGUCUAUUUCUGGACCACGAAAGAGGAGCUGGUAUUUGAACAUGCAAACCUGAGACCCCAUCAAGAAUGGAUUGAUGGGAAAUGGGUUCUUGCAGUCAGGGAACAUAAUGUUGUUUGGGUUUCUCUUUUCGGGGUCGGAAGAGAUGAUCACUCGAUGAAGCAGAAAUGA